GAGAAUGUCGUACGAUCAUUCUUGUGAUCCGUAUGAAGAAGACAAUAAUGAAACAUCAUUAGAUUUACAUUCAAACAAUUUAGAAACGUUUCCUAAGCUCGACUAUAAACUUGUAAAUGCAAUUUAUUUACAGAAUAAUUCCAUUAAGGCUAUUCCUGAGGACUUCUUUCCAUCCUGUCCAAAUUUAACAUGGCUCGAUUUACGUGAUAACGAUAUCGAAAGCAUUCCCGUAUCGAUUAAAAACCACCCUCAACUAACGCAUUUGCUACUACAAAAUAAUAAAAUUAUAACCUUGCCAAAUGAACUAGGCACCGUUAUGACAUUAAAAGUGCUUCAGUUGAGCGGAAAUCCGCUUACUUACCCGCCAAAAGAAAUAAUAAGCGCGGGAACGUCGAAAAUUUUAUCAUUUCUAUAUGAUAAUUACAUGGCGAAUCUACUUUUCCUAGAUUCGAAAUCUCUCUCAGAAGUGAGCGAAUCAAACGAAACUUCUCAUGAAGCUAGAAGUUACAAUUCAGUUUUAGAUGGUAGUGAAAUUAAAAACAGUAAAAUGUGCGUCCAAUUUAAUGAUAGGGACGAGGAAAGUGAAUAUUACGAUAAAGCAAAGGGAAAAUGUCGUAAAUUGGCGGUAAGUCGACAUAAAAUUUUGUCGCCGCAUUGUCAGAGCGCUAAAUACCUCCGACCGGUGCGGACGUCCGGUAAAGAGGUGCAAGAUAAAAAAAUAUUGCAGAGUCAUUUGAGAGAUAUUGCUGUUCAAAAACGAAAGGAUUUCUUGGCGAGGGCAGAGAAAAUUAUUCAGGAUAAGAAGAAUAUGGAGCUACUCAAGAACUGGCGGACCACUUACAAAACUCGCCAAUUAUUCAUGACUAGUGACAAACAAACUGACAUUAAUUAUCCUUACGAUACAUGUGCAGAAUAUAUGACGUUCUUAUCUAGAGAGGAUAUAGAGAAAGAUCUACCAGAUAAGUUUAGAAAGAAAAUAAUAAGAAAGUCGAAACCGACUGUGCCCAGAAAGAGCAGUAAUGAUGUUCACUUGGCCAUGAAGAUAAAGAAAUUAUUUGAGAAUUUGGAAGCUAUUGAUUUGGAGAAGAGAGAAAUGACUCCGCGUACGGAACAGAGAGUUUUGUUGAAUGAGAUACAGAAAAUAACGGAAAUCAAGCAGAAGUUAUCGGAGUUGUCUUUAUCCAACGCAAGAUCUGUUUUAGAUUGA